AUGAUUCGAACCAGUCGACUUUUGCGGGUGUCUCGAGUGGCCGUGUCCCGGUCCAGACUCAUCACGUGCGCCCCGAGAAGCUUCACCUCUGACCACAAACCCAAGACUCCUCCCCAGGCCCCCACCAUGGACCCCACAGCUCUUCGGUACCCCAACUCUGAUCUGAGUGUCAAUCUUCGAGACGUGGCCAAGGGCGACUACCUCGUCCCCGGUGACUUGGCCCGACAGUCGCCUGCUCUCAAAACUCUGCAUGCUCGUCUUGGUCUGCCCGAGGCUCUGCCGUUGUCUACUCUGGCCCAGUGUCUGACCUGUCCCGAGGCCGACACUGUGGGAGAGGACGGCCGAAAGCUGGCCGACAACUACGGCAUGUCUGUGUUUGGCGGCAGUCUGCUCAAGUAUCACGUGACGGAGAAGUUUGUGGUCCAGUACCCCCGGCUUCCUCUACCCAUUCUCAACUCACUGCUGGACUCCCAUCUGAGUCUGCGAUCUCUGACUCGUCUGGCCGAGUCCUGGGGUGUCGAGACCGACCGACGAUCUGCCUUUGAGCGACACAUGUCCAACGACUCGCUCGCAAACACCCUGGGUUACCUGAGAUACAAGCCCGUGGAGGACGACGUCAGCAACGCCUCCAAGGACGGUGUGUUCGACUCCUACACUCCCCGAUCCGACGUGAAGAAAUACAACCAGAAGCAAAAGAAAAACUCGCAGCACAACUACGACUCGCAGGUCUACGUGUUUGACUCGUCAGCUCCCGAGGGCUACGAGCGAUCGGCUGCCCGGUUUGUGCAGGCUCUGGUGGCCGCCAUCCACGCACACGUGUCGCGAGACGAGGCGCUUAAGUUCAUCGACAACUUCAUUCUGUCGCGAGCCGUCGACGUUGAGUCGCUCUUCUCCUUCAACCAGCCCCACAAGGAGAUUGUGCGAGUGUGUGCACGAGAGGGACUGGAGCGACCUGAGGCCCGACUCAUGGCCGAGACCGGCCGUCUGUCCAAGGCCCCCGUCUUUGUUGUUGGUGUCUUUUCCGGCAAGCACAAGCUUGGAGAAGGCCAGGGAGCGUCGCUUGCCGAGGCCAAGAUCCGAGCUUCGGUCAACGCUCUCAAGGGAUACUACCUGUACUCCCCCAUUGAGCAGACCCGACCCCAGGAAGAGGGGUACAAUGGGACUUUUAUCGACAAGGGUCCCGUUGUUAUUUAG